AUGUUCCGCAAUAUAUUAGACAAAUUCCACAAAUCUAACAAUCAAAAAGCCAAAUUGUUGAAAUUUAAAGAGUUCUGUGAACUCGAUAAACCAAUCAAAAACCAUUCAUUCGUGGUUAGUUUCUUGAUUGAGAUUCGUCAAAAACAAACCGCUGAUAACUUAAGUUCAAUUUAUUCUGCAGAAUCUUCAUCUUCACCAAUUUAUUCCGAAGUUACUCCUGCUGAUGCCACCAACCUGACCCAACCUAUAGAAGAACCUUAUUCAGCUGGUAAUGAUAGAAUCGUGUACAUUCAAGACCUGGAUCACGGCGGUAAAGAAGAAGAUAAAACUAAAUUGACAAUUAGGGACACGAUUAAUUCAUUAACAACUCAAGAUGAAGAUUCAGUAGAAUAA